AAACAAUUUAAAAGAAAAACUUUUGCGGUCAUUUAAAUAUUUAAAAAAAGUUACAUUUAAGAAACAAAUAAGAUGAACACAAAAUUCAUCUACAGUGUAUUCCUUAGUGGACUCAUAAGAUAUCUUUUGUCUAUAUCAAAAUAUUCAAAAUCGAUUGAAAAUCAUGUAGAAGUGUCAACACCUUUGAAUUCAUUUAAAAGAGUUAAAGAAGGAGCAUUUCUUUACGCAAAUGAUGUCGAUCCAUAUGAAGGAGAUGUUUACCAUGAAAAUCCUUUCAUUUUAUUUACAACAAGUUUUCUUCUUAAAAACAUGAGCGGAAUGAUUCCAAUCAUCAUCAUUCUUUUGGAUCUUUUAACUGCAAUCUUCAUUUAUCUAGGAACAAAAGCCAUUAGUGAGAACAAUUUCGAGAAACAACAGAAAAAUUUAUCAACGUAUGCCGAGAAUACAACAGAAAUUCAAUUGAAAAAAGCUGAUACAAUUGAAAUACCAACUUAUUGUGCUCUUGCAUAUCUUUUCAAUCCAUAUUCAAUACUUAAUUGUGUUGGAUUAACAACGACUGUGAUCAGCAAUUUCUUACUCUCCAUCAUGAUAUUUUCUCUGUCAAGGAAUAUGAAAAUAUUAUGCAUUUUAUCACUUGCUAUUGAAACACAGAAGAAUUUCUACUCUUUUGUGCUUAUAGUGCCUGUAGCAUUACGAUUUAGUGAAUCCAGCAAAUCUAAAGUUAUCUCCAGAAUUUUAACGAUUAUUGCAUUCCUAAUAACGUUGUUAAGUCUUCAUUGCUUAAGCUUUCAAAUGAUGAAAAGUUUCAACUUUAUUGACUCAACUUAUGGCUUUAUCAUUCAUUGUCGUGAAUUGUUGCCAAAUAUUGGAUUGUUUUGGUACUUUUUCACUGAAAUGUUUGAUCAUUUCCGUAAUUUAUUUCUUUACACAUUCCAAUUAAAUUCAACAAUUCUUUAUCUUCUUCCUUUAACUUUCACUUUUAAAGAUUCUCCUGAAUUUCUUCUCACAAUAUUAUUAUCGUUGAUUUCGGUUUUCCGUUCUUAUCCAUGCGUCGGUGAUAUUGCUUUCUGUAUGUCUUUAAUUCCAUUAUGGAAAAGAAUUUUUCAAUUUAUGUCGCAUAACUUUAUAGUUGUUGCAGCUUUUCUUGUAACAUCAAUUCUCGGUCCAACAGUUUAUCAUCUUUGGAUGUAUGCAAAUUCUGCAAAUGCAAACUUCUAUUUCGGAGUUACCUUAGUUUUUUGCACUGCUAACAUUUUCCUUCUUACUGAUUUAACAUUUGCAUAUUUGAAAAUGGAAUUUUGUCUAAAGAACGGAAUUUCAUUUGAUAAAAGUUUAAAAUUAUCUUUGGACUGA